GUGUUCUUCUUCGCUGUUUUCUGAUCGAUUACCAGCAGAUCAUCAGUACUGCAGUGGCAAUACAAAGAUGACCUUCCAGGAGCAAUGUGAAACUGGGGCCUUUCCGCUCAUAAACACUGUUCCCAGUAACACAUCCGUGCUGUCAAACAGGGAAAACAGAUUCUAUUUCAACAAUGCCAAGCAAAAGUGUGUUGCUACUUCCAGAUUCAAAUGCAAUUCUGGCUAUGGUUUUACAACAGAUAAUGGAACGACCUGGGCUCAGAGAAUCAAAUUUGAAUCAGACGGCAGUGACUGGAUUGUCCAGAACGAUUGUAUAAAGAUCACUACAUAUUGCUCAGAGCCUGGUAGUGUGCUGAAUGGAAUACAAGCUGGCAGUGACAACAAUGGCCGUGCACUCGGUUCAACACGUACGUUCCGGUGUAAGGAUGGAUACAACCUGAAAGCUGGGAGUGAUCCUGUCAUCACAUGUACUAAAAAUAAGUCCAGAACAGGGCUCUGGACACAGCUUCCUGUGUGUGAAGAGAUUGACUGUGGAGACCCAGAACAGGUUGCCAAUGGCCAACAUGCUCUCACCUCUACUGUUUAUGACAGCCGUGUUGGCUACUCAUGUGACAGUGGUUAUGAACUGGUCGGGAAUGCCAGUGUCAGGUGUCUGCUGAAUGGACAAUGGAGCAGCCCAGUACCACAGUGUGUCCCAAUCACGUGUGCUGACCCAGGCAAGCCAAUGUUCGGUAGUCGUGAGCUGGAGGGACUGGUCUACCAGAACCGUGUUGACUGGGCUUGCAACGAGGGUUACAACCUUGUAGGAUCACUGUCUGCUAUCUGCCAGGCCGAUCGUACCUGGACCAGCCAUGUACCUCGGUGCGAACGGAUAAUUUGUGUAGAUCCUGGUCGACCUACUAAUGGUCGAUAUACACACAACGGAUUUGAGUUUGGAAAGACUGUAAGAUACACUUGUAACAGAGGUUAUGAGAUGCCACAAGGUACACUCACAGUGACAUGUAUAGGAACUGGACAAUGGUCUCAAGCCAAGCCUACAUGUCUACGUAUUAGCUGUCCACAACUCGAUUCACUUGCCAAUGGUAAAUCCAGACGUACAGGUGUGAGAUACCAGGAUACAGUAACUUAUGAAUGUAGUACAGGAUAUUUCAUGGUGGGUCAUCCAACUGGUACUCUGACAGCAACGUGUAUGGAAACCAAGGCAUGGUCUCAGCCUAAACCCGAGUGUCAACGUAUAUUUUGUGUAGAUCCUGGUCGACCUACUAAUGGUCAAUAUGUACGAAACGGAGUUGAGUAUGGAAAGACAAUAAGAUACACUUGUAACACAGGUUAUAAGAUGGAGAACAUACCAAGUGGUACACUCACAGUGACAUGUAUAGGAACUGGACAAUGGUCUCAAGCCAAACCUACAUGCCAACGGAUAAUUUGUGAAGAUCCUGGUCAACCUACUAAUGGUGGAUAUACACACAACGGAUUUGAGUUUGGAAAGACUGUAAGAUACACUUGUAAAACAGGUUAUGAGAUGCCACAAGGUACACUCACAGUUACAUGUAUAGGAACUGGACAAUGGUCUCAAGCCAAGCCUACAUGCCAACCCCGACAAUGUCCCACUCCAGGAAAACCUGACUCCGGACAAUAUCGUGUAGCACGGCAAGGGCAAUAUGUCUCGAGACCUUUCCAAUAUGGUGACACUGUUUUAUGGUUUUGCAAUAAAGGAUUCACAGGAAGUACCCGUGCUGUAUGCCAGGCAGAUGGUAGAUGGAGCAAGAACACACCAACCUGUACACGUAUAAGUUGCCAAGACCAAGGACGGCUUGUCAAUGGAGAUAGCACAUCGACAGGUCAACAAUUUGGUAGUACAGUAACAUAUCGAUGUCAUAAAGGCUUCUACAUGGAGGGUUCUACAAGUGGUGUUGUUACUACACGAUGUUUAUUCGACACAAGGUGGUCUCAUGAUAAACCCACUUGUUUGCCCCGGGCGUGUCCUGAUCCAGGCAGUCCUACAUUUGGUGCCUUCUCUGUUCAAAUGGGAGUACAGCGUGCCAGUCUGACACCCUACCUGUACAACGACACUGUCACAUGGACAUGUUAUAUCGGCUAUUCUACUACUCAACCUACUACUGCUGUGUGUCAGGCUAAUGAAAGAUGGAGUAACAACCGCCCAGGCUGCCAAAGGAUAAUAUGUAGAAAUCCUGGUCGACCUGAAAAUGGCAAGGCUACAACUAACGGAUUUGAUUAUGGAAAGAAUAGAAGAUACACUUGUAACACAGGUUAUAAGAUGGAGAACAUACCAAGUGGUACACUCACAGUGACAUGUGUAGGAACUGGACAAUGGUCUCAACCCAAACCUACAUGCCAACCCCGCCAAUGUCCCACUCCAGUAACACCAACAUCUGGACAGUAUUAUGUAGAACGGCAAGGACGGCGUCUCUGGAGACGAGGUCCUUUCCAAUAUGAUGACAUUGUUAGAUGGGUGUGUGAUACAGGAUUCACAGGGAAUACCAACGCUGUAUGUCAAGCAAAUAGUACAUGGAGCAAGAACACACCAACCUGUAUACGUAUAAGCUGUCCUGACCCUGGUGCACCUACUAAUGGUAACUACAUAGUGACUGGCUUGAAGUACGAGGAUACAGUUACGUACACCUGCAGACUUGGCUAUGACAUGCUCAACCAUCCAAAUUCUUCUCUUACUGGAGUGUGUAUGGCCAACAAGAUGUGGUCCAGUACCCAACCCGAAUGUGAACGAAAUUCCUCCUACUGUAAAAGCUAUUCUCCCAUCCAGAAUGGCAACGUUAACUGUUCUGGCCGGCGAAUCCAUGACAUCUGUCAGUAUCAAUGUGAUUCUGGAUAUGUAAAGGAGCGCCAUUCUUCCAUUCGCUGCAUACCGGGCACCGAGGUCGAUGGUAGAUGGUCGGAACGAGGAUCAUGCAGCCCCCGACAAUGUCCCACUCCAGGAAAACCUGACUCCGGACAAUAUCGUGUAGCACGGCAAGGGCAAUAUGUCUCGAGACCUUUCCAAUAUGGUGACACUGUUUUAUGGUUUUGCAAUAAAGGAUUCACAGGAAGUACCCGUGCUGUAUGCCAGGCAGAUGGUAGAUGGAGCAAGAACACACCAACCUGUACACGUAUAAGUUGCCAAGACCAAGGACGGCUUGUCAAUGGAGAUAGCACAUCGACAGGUCAACAAUUUGGUAGUACAGUAACAUAUCGAUGUCAUAAAGGCUUCUACAUGGAGGGUUCUACAAGUGGUGUUGUUACUACACGAUGUUUAUUCGACACAAGGUGGUCUCAUGAUAAACCCACUUGUUUGCCCCGGGCGUGUCCUGAUCCAGGCAGUCCUACAUUUGGUGCCUUCUCUGUUCAAAUGGGAGUACAGCGUGCCAGUCUGACACCCUACCUGUACAACGACACUGUCACAUGGACAUGUUAUAUCGGCUAUUCUACUACUCAACCUACUACUGCUGUGUGUCAGGCUAAUGAAAGAUGGAGUAACAACCGCCCAGGCUGCCAAAGGAUAAUAUGUAGAAAUCCUGGUCGACCUGAAAAUGGCAAGGCUACAACUAACGGAUUUGAUUAUGGAAAGAAUAGAAGAUACACUUGUAACACAGGUUAUAAGAUGGAGAACAUACCAAGUGGUACACUCACAGUGACAUGUGUAGGAACUGGACAAUGGUCUCAACCCAAACCUACAUGCCAACCCCGCCAAUGUCCCACUCCAGUAACACCAACAUCUGGACAGUAUUAUGUAGAACGGCAAGGACGGCGUCUCUGGAGACGAGGUCCUUUCCAAUAUGAUGACAUUGUUAGAUGGGUGUGUGAUACAGGAUUCACAGGGAAUACCAACGCUGUAUGUCAAGCAAAUAGUACAUGGAGCAAGAACACACCAACCUGUAUACGUAUAAGCUGUCCUGACCCUGGUGCACCUACUAAUGGUAACUACAUAGUGACUGGCUUGAAGUACGAGGAUACAGUUACGUACACCUGCAGACUUGGCUAUGACAUGCUCAACCAUCCAAAUUCUUCUCUUACUGGAGUGUGUAUGGCCAACAAGAUGUGGUCCAGUACCCAACCCGAAUGUGAACGAAAUUCCUCCUACUGUAAAAGCUAUUCUCCCAUCCAGAAUGGCAACGUUAACUGUUCUGGCCGGCGAAUCCAUGACAUCUGUCAGUAUCAAUGUGAUUCUGGAUAUGUAAAGGAGCGCCAUUCUUCCAUUCGCUGCAUACCGGGCACCGAGGUCGAUGGUAGAUGGUCGGAACGAGGAUCAUGCAGCCCAAUCAACCACUACUGUGAGAUUACGCAGAUCCAUGCACCACUCUAUGGCCGCAUAGAAGCAAACUCCACCCAGCUGAAUGACAUGGCAUACUUCCAAUGUGUGGACGGGUAUGAUAUAAAUGUCACGGCCGAGCCUGUGAAAUGCAUAGUGUUGAAUCAAACCCAUGGUCAAUGGUCAGACUACACCACUCCAGAGUGCUUUCUUCCGGCAUCGAUUGCCAUUCCACAACAGAAUGUUACUGCAACUAUCUCCACCCAUGUUACUCUAAGAUGCCAGGUUGUCGGCACGAAUAUCACCCUCUCAUGGCAGAGAACCGAGAGUAGUGAGCACUCGUGGGAUGAGUUAGGCUACCAAAUCACCAACAAGAGUAAUAUACAUCACAAUAUGACAGAUUCUCAGCUGGAAAUCAGCAGUGUCCGCAGAGCUGAUGGAGGUACAUACACCUGCAGUGCUUGGAAUCCCAUUAGCAGAGCACAAAAGAGCAUCACACUCAUUGUUCAAGGUUUAAGUUGCCCAGACCAAGGGCAGCUUGCCAAUGGAUAUAGCACAUUGACAGGCCAACACUUUGGUAGUGCGGUAACAUAUCAAUGUCAUACAGGCUUCUACUUGCUGGGUUCUACAAGUGGUGUUGUUACUGCACGUUGCAUGUCCAACAGAAGGUGGUCUCAUGAUAAACCCGCUUGUUUGCCCCGAACAUGCCCUAACCCAGGCAGUCCAACAUCUGGUAGCUCCUCUGUUCGAAUGGGAAUACAGCGUGCCAGUCUGACACACUACCUGUACAACGACACUGUCACAUGGACAUGUGAUAUCGGCUAUUCUACUACUGAACCUACUACUGCUGUGUGUCAGGCUAGUGGAGGAUGGAGUAACAACCAUCCAGACUGCAAACAUAUAAGUUGCCAAGACCAAGGGCAGCUUGCCAAUGGAGAUAGCACAUCGACAGGCCAACAAUUUGGUAGUACAGUUACAUAUCAAUGUCAUACAGGCUUCUACUUGCUGGGUUCUACAAGUGGUGUUGUUACUGCACGUUGCAUGUCCAACAAAAGGUGGUCUCAUGAUAAACCCACUUGUUUACCCAGGGCAUGUCAUAAUCCAGGCAGACCUACAUUUGGUGACUUCUCUGUUCAAAUGGGAAUACAGCGUGCCCAUCUGACACCAUACCUGUACAACGACACAGUCACAUGGACAUGUGAUAUUGGCUAUGCUACUACUCAACCUACUACUGCUGUGUGUCAGGCUAAUCAAACAUGGAGUAACAACCGCCCAGGCUGCCAAAGUAUAACAACUAUUCGUCCUCCAUCUACAAGGCAGAUAUCCCCUCAGUUUACGAAGGAACGGAAUACGCGCGCUGAAUCUACCCCAACGACUGUUCAACUCCCUACAACCUCCUCUCACUUAGAUGAGUCUGAAGAGUACUCUUCGGGACUAGGUCAGUCAGCUAUAAUCGGGAUUUCCGCGUCUGUUGGAACUGUGCUAGUUAUAUCUGCUAUAUUCUGUUCAGUGUGGUGGACAUCCAGAAUGUACACCAAACGGUCUUGUUCCGGUGUAAGCUCAGAUAAAGAGCAUCAAUGCAGCAACAAGGCGGGAGAAGGAGAUGGCAUAUACGAAACAGUGAUUGGUGAGCGGCUUGAUCAGACAGAUGUACUAAUGACUGUAGAGCAAUCAAAAGAGGCUGCCGAUCCUAUGUACGAGAGCCCAGCUAACAUGAGUACUACGAAGACUUCCUGUGUACACACCUCGAAUGAGGCCUACGCAACCACAUCGGACAUGCUCUAAUUUCCUGGGGCGAGUCUUAUCAAUGAGAAUUCUACUUUCAUGGCAGUAGUGCUAACGUGUCGCAUGUGGAUCUGUUUCAUUGGCUUUCCUUAUCUGGUGGAACUCCACGACUGCCAGCUCCAAGCACAACACAAUGUGGCAGAUCUUAGACAGUGUGGCAGAUGCGAGUUGGUGUAACGCUACACCCCCCCCCCCCCCCGCCCCAAAUGAAAAAGCUGAGCUACGCAUUUUUCAGCCUCUACGUUACGCUCUCACCAGGUCACGAGCUAGUUAAACACCAGGAAUUACAUGCAGCGAGGACAAAUAUUCACGUUCUCUUCCGUAUCCAUAAUGACUUGUACCUGGCAUUCUAUGUUGGAUAUUAAUUGUCUCGGAACAUAUUGUAUCCCUGCAUGCAUUUCUUGCCAUUCCAUGGCAGUGAACGAAAGGAUCAUACUAAUGUAUGAUCCUUUCGUUCACUGCCAUGGAAUGGUUUCUCACUUGAGCAGCCAAUAAUCUAGGCAAUAACCUAUUCAUAUUAAUUUUGAUAGCCACUUACCUUUCAGCUUUACCUAAUGAGAAUUGUGCAUAACCUAACCUUUUCAGAAUACACUGAGUGUGCAAUGUUAUGUACUAUAAUAUGGAUAUGAGCACCACAAAGCAUUUGCUUCACUUGUUUCACUAAAUCACUUCCAGCAACGGUAUCCUUCGCGUUUACAUUCGCCUCUUUUACUUUGCACAUGAUUUACAAGAAAUCGCUGAGCUGUGCAAUCCUGUUGUCGAUCAUAUAAAACAGCAAUCAUGCGGGAUGGCAAGAUCAUUGUUCACUGAACUUGGACCAUAUUAUACUGUACUACAUUUGUAUAAUGAGUACUAGUAUGUACAUUCCAUUGUAGUAGUACCGUAAAGUCCGCUGCAAACGCUCA